AAUUGACUGCUGCGGUCAUUCGAUUUGGAUUCUCGGUGCACAACGUUGCAAAUCACAAUGAAGAACUCGCAAGUUUAAAUACCCUGAUAAGCUAUCUUAGUUCCCCCCAUAUCGCAACCUCGCCUCCCAGAAUUAUGAACGCCAUUCGCGCGACUCAAAAACUCAAUGCCCGCGAGCUUGAGGAGUGUACACCCCCCAAUGCGUCCUGGCACCGCGACUACGAUGAUACAGCCUUCAUAUAUAUUGGCGGCCUAGAUACUCGUCUCUCUGAAGGAGAUGUGAUCACAAUCUUCUCCCAGUAUGGAGAGCCUGUCUUUAUCAACCUAGUACGCGACAAAGACACGGGGAAGAGCAAGGGUUUCUGUUUCCUGAAGUAUGAGGAUCAGAGGAGUUGUACGCUGGCUGUUGAUAACCUCGGAGGAGCCACCGUCUUGGGUCGGAUGCUGAGGGUGGAUCACACAAGAUAUAAGCCAAAGGAAGGUGAGGAAAUCUUCGACAACACACACGGUGAAACUGCACCGAAUAGAAGGUUAGAGGAGACGGAAGAUGAGAGUGAAGAAGAAGAAAAAGAAAAAAUAAGCCGACCGAUGCUAAAAGAGGAGAAGGAACUGCAGAAAUUGCUGGAAGAAGCAGAUGAGGAAGACCCUAUGAUGGCAUACUUAAUUCAACAGAAGAAAGAAGAGGUUGAAGCUGCUAGGGCAAGGGCUCACAAAACUGAUCGGAAAGAUAGAAAGCACAAGUCAAGGCGGGAUGAUGAUCAGAGACGGAGAAGGAGGCGACAUUACAAUGAAGACGAAGAUGAUGACAGGGAUCGGAGGCGGUAUUACAGCAAUGAUGAAGAUGAUGAAAGGAGUCGGAGAAGGAAACGACAAUACAGCGACGACCAAGAUGACAGAGAUCGAAAGAGACGCGGAGACCAAGAUAAGGACCGAAGCAGAAGGCAUGAAAGCGCAGAUUCAGGCACACUGGAAAAAAGGCGACGGCAUGACUCUGACUAUGGUGAUGAUGGUAUUCGAGGGAGUCGAAGGCAUAAGCCGCGCUCCAGAAGUCCCCGACGGGACGAAAGCUCUAUCGAUAUUCAAAGAGAACGUUCGGCUUCGAAAACCCCAGUCUUUAGUGACUGAGGUCUUCCAAACCAUUAGAAAGCUUCUGUGAUGGAUAUGACGCACAUAUAUAUCCAGUUAUGUCGUAAGUUAAUAACUCUCAUGUCAAAAUUUAAACUCUCCCCUUGCAGGAGAGCUUGUAGAUGCGAGUGAACUGUAUACCUGAGACCGCAGAUGACUGUGAGUCAGUUCAAUGUUAUGGAAUUUCGAUUCAAGCGAAGAACGAC